CACACACACACACGCUAGCAGCAGCAUCACAGACGUGUUUGUGGUGAACCGCUGAGCUGAUGGGCGCAGUGCUGCAGGAGCGGGUCCCACAGCCUCGGCUCUGUGUGGAGAGCAGGGUGCUGAUCGGGGAGAAGGAGGAGAGCUGCCGGAGGAAGAAGAGCAACAACAGGCCUCCCGAUCCCAGCAACAAAAUGGGAAGACGGCAUCAGUCGCAAAGGAAGUCAGUGCAGCCACAGUACAUGGUCCCAAGUCAAGAGCAUGACAACGAGAAAAGAAUGCAGCAAAGAAGAAAGCACAAGCCCCACCCCCCCCAGACUAAACGCAAUACCUGUCAACACAGUGCUCAGGGAACCUUGGAGUCAAAGUCCCAUCCACCUACCUCUGCAGAAGACAGGAUGGAGCCAAAGGUGCAGCCAGCUGCUCAGCGCUCCGGCCACAGGGAGAAGAAGCACACAGGAUUCAGAGGGAGCCGACACACACCAGCCUUUCCCUGCCACCGCCUGUCUGACUCCAGCCCCGAUCUGCUGGAGGGACUCUCACCAAAACCAGAGGUAGGACAUCUGAGCGGCCACAGAGACAGUGACAGUGACACCGACUUGUCUGAGUCAGAGAGACUUCCUGUGUUGUCCUCUGGUCGGGUUCCUCCACAGCUGGAGCUGAGGCCAGAUGUCCCUGAGGCUGAAGACUGCUCUGCCCGCAGCCACAGGCCCACACGACAAGGCAGCAGAGGCUUUGACUUCCCAGACUUCCUUCCUCCACCUUUUAACUCAUGGAGUCUCAGUCAGCUGGCUCUCUUCUACAACAUGGAGGGCCUGGGGGCUUCUCGGCCCAGGCCAGUGGGAAGUUUGGAAAGGUACCUGGAGAGGCUGCUGCAGCUGGAGUGGCGUCAGCUCCAGACUGUUCAGGAUGAGAGCGGGAGGUCAACUGUUUCAGAUGCAACGUCCAGCUGCCACAGGUCACCCGCUGCUGCCUCGUCACGCCUCAGCUCUCCAAAGUGUAUCCUCCAGUGUCAGCGUGCCUUCCCCCUCACCUUUCUCUCUUCCCUGGCCACUCACUUUACCCUGCUCUCCGGCUGUGCCUGCUCUCUGUGCCGCAUAAGCAUCUCCACCUGUAACACUUCGUGCUGCCGCUCCACCCACUGCCACACCCGUCCCUCGAGACUGAGCCCCACGCUGGAGUGCAGAGGGCCUGCAUCGCUCCCAAAAAGGAGCUACAGUGAGAGCCGGGUGCACUCCUCGGACAGGAACAUGGUAUCUCGAGCUCAGAGGUUAAGCAGCCCUGUGAGGGCCAACAGCCACCUAAGGAGAAUGCAAGCCUCUGGCAACAUCCGCAACCCGGCUCAAGGUGCUAACACGAAGCCUCAAUCCACCGUCAGGGACUCAGGUGUUGGAGCACAAGGGGAUGCACUGUAUUACAGGACAGGGGGGUUUAGGAGAAGGAGUGACUCUGAGCAAAGGAGAGGUGGAGGAGUAGAGAGACGACACAAUGGAUGGGAGAAAAGCCGGAGUGGUUCCGAGUGUAGAAGAGGAGAAACCAAGCGAAGGGGAGCAGCUGAGUUGAAGGAACAAGAAAUAAAACCAGAUGCUGUCACUGCAAUAAUGGACAAUUUACCUGGGUCCAAAUAUCCUCCUGUUCACAGGCCAAACAGACCAAAACAGGUGGAAUUUGUUACUUAACAACCUGAGUUCUGUAUUUUCAAACAGUACACUACAACUGCAGUCCUCACUUUUAGGAUUUGAUUGUAAGUCUGGAUUUUCACUCUACAAAUGUUUACAAUUUUCAUUAUUCGAAUGCAUUGACAGAAAGAGUAGAAGAUGUUUUUCCUCUUUUUCUUCGAGAAUGUGAUGUUUUGCCAUAUUUCUCUGUUCUCAGGAUAUUAUAAAUACAUAAUAAUGUUUAAUCCAGUGCUGUGCAGCACUUUUUGUUGUUACAUAACUCUUAUGCGCAUGUGGGUAUUGAUAUCAAGACUAUUUUAGUUUCUUCUUGAUUUAACCCAGUAAGCCCUCGUCAGCACAAUACAUUAAGUAUGUUUGUACGAACGUUUUUACAGUUUUACUUGUGA